AAAAAACACGCGCGACCCUGUUUGUUUGGCGUGGAGCACGUGUCGGUAUUUGCAACCGACCGGUGAUCGUAUGGUAACCCCCGUGCCGACCGAAAGUCAACGAUAGGGAGGUCUAUUCAUGUGCGAGUUUACCAGUAGUUCACCUAAACCGCGUUUGAUCGUCGCAUAUUGAUGACCUAACCGGGUCGCACUGCACUGGUUUCUUUUGUCUGCAAACCUUCACGUAAACCCCGCGUCCAUGCUGAAAUGGUUGUUUGCGCACGCUCACUGCAUUGGUGAGAUUCCGGGUCCGGGACACAACGGCGGUCCACCCUCCCAAGACGUAACAGGUGUACGCAAACUUGCAGCGACUCCCGAUCUACCACUUCCCGUCAAAUACGAGGAACUGCAGCGUGAAAUCAUGAUGAGCCUCAAAGCAGACCAUUUCGAGGGUGGACGUUUCGACUUCAACAAACAGCUCAACCAAAACUUUUUCCUCAGUCACAGUGUGCUCCUAGGGUCUAUCGAAGUUCCUGCGCAAGGCAAUCAAAUCAUCAAGAUCCCAAACGCGACGUAUGAGUUUGGCGCGAACGUCGUAGACGCAAAAUAUAUGUUGGUCGGCAGAGUGCUUACAGACGGCCGAAUGAGUGGCAGAAUAAAGUAUGAUGUAUCGGACGCCCUCUCUGCCAAAUUGCAAACCUCAAAAGAGCCAGGAUUCUCACAAGUGAUGUUUGACUUGGACUUCAGGGGUUCAGACACCCAGGCUCAGAUAAAACUUGGCAACGGACAGUUUUAUGGUCUCAACUACCUCCAGAGUGUGACAGGCACCCUUUCCCUUGGCGGUGAGGCCUUUUGGCUUGGCGGUCAGAAGAAGUCGGGCGUUGGUUUGGCCGCAAGAUAUGCAGACAACAGAUCUGUGGCAACUGCGCAGGUGGCCACAACUGGUCUUGUUUCUUUAACAUACACGAGCAAGGUCAGUGAGAAAGCUAUGCUAGCGAGCGAUUUUAUGUGGAAUUGGAAUGCGCGUCAAGCGCAAGCGAGCGUUGGAUAUGAUUAUAUUCUCCGACAAAGCCGUCUCCGAGGUCGUGUUGACAACUCAGGUACAGUCUCGGUGUUUCUUGAGGAGCGCCUAAAUACUGGCUUCACCCUGUGCUACUCCGCUGAAAUUGACCAUGCUAACAAAAACCACAAGUUUGGUUUCGGCAUGAUUGUCGGGGAAUGAGUGACCGGGAUAAUGUAAUUGUUCCCACUAUCGGUUCGUCGGUUUUGGUUGCCACACUCUUCAGCCAAAUCGUUGAUGCCAGGCUCGCAAGAACUCAUAUUAACACGUGGCAAAGUUUCAAAUAAAGAAUGCUCUGUCCGCAGCACGAGAACCACCCGAACGCUAUGGAAACCCUCAGCUGAAACUCAAGAUUAAACUCGAAAACCAUCAAUAAAAAUGUAUCUUUUGCUUUGAACUUCACGCGUGCACGAUUUUUUCAGACCGCUUGCUUAUCAAAAUCUAUCAACUCGCUUGGAUUCAAUGAUUAGCUCUGCAUAAGCUACUUCAGUGCAUCGCUUAAUAUCAGCGUAACUUGCAACAAGCAUGGACAUCUCAUCACGAGAUACAAGUAAAACCUUCUCCGCGACGCCAGUAUCUAGCUUGUUUAGACACUCAAAAACGUGGCCCCAGUCAGUAAUAGAGUUCCCAUCGUUGUCGUGUUGGUGAAACACAAAAUCUCGAAACAGCUUCAAUAUGUACCUGUCACCAGUUUCAGCCCAAUUAGGAUCCAUGUCACCGUCUGGACGCUCGUUUAUGAACGUCAGUUUAAUAAGCAAUCG